CUAUCCACCAUUUUUUGAUGACAACCCAUUUGGAAUCUACCAGAAGAUUCUGUCUGGAAAACUGGAAUUCCCACGCCAUCUGGAUUUCUACGUCAAAGACCUCAUCAAGAAGCUUCUGGUCAUUGAUCGAGCCAGACGACUGGGCAACAUGAAGAACGGAGCUGACGAUGUGAAAAAGCACCGCUGGUUUAAGAUGGUGGACUGGGAGGCGGUUCCUCUGAGGAAGCUGAAGCCUCCAAUAGUCCCUAAAGUGUCUCAUGAGGGCGACACAUCGAACUUCGAUGUGUACCCGGACAGCGACUGGAAGAAGGAGCCUCCUCUGUCUCCCAAGGACCUGGAGGUCUUCAAGAACUUCUGAGUGUGGUGUGUUGACUGGUUCCCAUGUAAAGUUCCAGGUACUGUCGUGGAGAAGACCUGUGUCAGUGAGGGAGAGUGUGUGUAUCUUCAUCAGAUGCUGUGAAGACAUUAAUUUAUCUGCUAUCAACUUGUUUAGUAUUGUUUGUCCUCUCUGAGCCUGCUCUUAUGCACACAAAUGUCUGGUUCAAACCAAACGACUGUUACUUUUUACAACAAUCAGGUCUUUUUGAUAUCUUCCUUUUAUAUUUUCUCUGUUUUUAAUUCAACGAUGACUUCGGGUCGCUGUUCCAGCCCAGCGUCGUCCACGACUUGUACUGUUUGAAGUCAGACACUUUAUUUUGAAAAACCAUGACUUGUAGCACUUGGGACAGUGCCUUACAUCCAGGACCGAGGUGUGGUGGUGGUCAGGUCCACUUGAAGUGGGUGCUUCCUGCAGUCCUACAGUGUCCAUGUGAGGGUGUGUCACCUCACAGCUCUGCUGCAGCUUCUUUAGUGGCUAAAMCCAGCGAGUCACGGCUGGUUGAUGAGGAACCACCAUGAUUUGUUCCUCUCACCAACAGCUGGCCUCUAGGCAGACUGUGGAGUCUGGAAUUAGUCCUGUGGACCAGUCAGUAUUCGUCUGAAGUAAAUACACAUCAGUUAUCAACACUUAUGAAUGAUAAUAAUCCAUUGUUCACAUUAAACACUGUUAAUGAUCUCUGCUCUUCCUCGUCCACUGGACCUCAUCACGGUGAGGAAAAGAACUGAUUCUGUGAGUCCAGUAGGAGGAUGAAGGAUGGCCAUGAAACUAAGAAAUGUUAGUUUUUAGGAAGAAGAAAGGCUUAUUUAGAGUAUGAUGGCAGCAAAACGUCUUGAAACCUUCCUCCAGGUCAGUGUGUCUUGCCAUUUUCUUUUAUUUCAUCCACCAUUAAAGACAGAGCAGUAAAAACAAGAUGCUCCUCCCUCUUCAGACACGAGUCUAGUCUCUGUCCCAGUCUGAACGUAGUGUUUUAGAUGCUCAAAACACGUUGGGUGUGAGCCCGGCUUAAUGGACCUGUGGAUAGAACCUGAUCACUUAUAAAAUCCUCCUCCAGAUGGUUUCCAUCCUUACGUCUGACUCUUUCAGGCUUCUUUGGAACAUUAAACAGACAUGUUGCUGCCAUCAAACUCAAAAUGACCUGAUUUAUUAUAAUUACUUAGUUUAACUGUGUUCAUGAGGUUUACAAAUCACUACAGUCUGUUAUUUACGUUUUACAAACAAACCCAACUUUUAUAUCAGGGUUGUUAAAAAAAAGCACCUUUUUAUCUGAUCUGGUUUCAUGUUGCAUCUGUAGAAUUCCCUGAUGAUGUCAUUGAUCGUCUGCUUCUGUCUGACUGUUUUGUUUGUUUGUUUGUUUGUUUGUUUGUUUUUGCAUGUGUCCUGACCCUAAUGUGGCGUAUAUAAAUUUAUUUAAUGCAGUUCUGCAUCUGUCACCAAACAGAGUAAACAUUUCAAACCCUA